AUAUUUGCUCCACAUAUCUUAUAUUUUUUUACUACGAAUAAGCCACACAGAGAUGGUCAAUUGGAAGAAUUUUGUGAACUGCAUUAAGAAGGGGAAGAAUGGGAAGAAAAAUGACGGAGGAGACAAGAAACCACCAAAGACAUCCAAACUGAUGAAUAUGUCGGAUAUACUGGUGCGAGUGCCGCCCAAUCAGCUGCCACAGUUUCAGAUGUUCAAGAAACGGAAUGAAGAGUACAGAGCUCGCGUACGCAAGUAUCCCGAUGCCAUGCCGAAAAUCGACUGGGAUUAUUAUCGAAAGAAUGUGCGGCCAGAGUUUGUCAGUUGGGUGAAGCAAUUCGAGCAGAAGUACGAUAAACUGGAUACCCUGUUCGUCAACCGUCACGCCAUGAUAAGCACUCGGCGAUACUACGAGGAGGUCAACAAGGAGACGGAGGAGAUUUGCGAGAAGAUUCGCGAGUACAAGGAGGAGUCGGACAAGCGCAUCAAGGCGCUCAAUGAGCAGCUGGACAUACUGAAGGCCAUGAUGCCGUAUCAGGACAUGACCAUGGAGCAGUUCUGCCAGCAUCGACCACAUUUGGCACCCGAUUUCAUAAACAAGCCCACAUUCUGGCCGCACACACCCGAGGAGCAGAUGCCAGGACCCUCGGACCCAACGGCUCUGCAUCCGGAAGAGCGAGAAGAGCCAAAAGAGCCGCCAAAGUCACGGCCGAUGCCACCUGCCCCAGCAGCCACUGAGGCAAAACCGAAGGAGAAACCAGCAGAAUCGACUGCAUCCCCAAAGAAGGAAGAAGCUUCAAAGGCCGUUGAGGAAAUGACAGAGAAAGGCACAGAAAUGGUCAAAGAACUGGCUUUAAAGGUGCAACAGUUACUCACUGUCGCUGUGGCCAAGAUCUCAGAGGUGGCGAAACAGGUGCACGACGCAGCAGCAUCCACCAGAGCUGCCAAAGCGAAACCAAAAGAAGCCACAGAGAAGCCAACAGACGGAUCAGCAUUGGCCAAAUCCAAACCCAAAUCAGAAGACGAAGACGACGAUCAUUACCAUCGCAGGGAGCACUCGAAGAAUAUUUGCACGCAGACCAUCAUUCGCGGCGAAGAAUCGCAAACAAAUCCCGAUGUGAAGGCGAAGCAUGUGAAUCUCAGCAUCGAAUCGGAUGACGAGGACGAUGAUUCGCUAGAGGAAAAGCGCAAGAGGUGCAAUGAAAUGGAAAGCAAACGCAAUACCAAGAAAACGCCAGAGGGGGACGACUGCGAAGACGACGACGACAAUGACAUCCCAUGCAAGGAGCAGAAAAAACAAAAGAUUUCCGAGUGUCAGUCGCGGGACAAGCAAGAGUCCCCCGAGAAGUACUGCGAGGAGCGGCACAAAUGUGAGGCUGAGGAAUCGGAAAGCGAAUGUGAAAAGAAAUCCACUGAAAAGAAAGAAAAGCUUCAAUUUGAAGAUGCAGCCAAUGGGGAUUUUGCCAAUUCGAUUUCCACCUGUGAGUCGGUUCAAAAAACGAAAAUAAUCGACAAAAAGGGAACAAGGGAUCCAUGCAAACCCCAGGAGAAGGCCGCCUUAAACCAGCUGCCGGAAGGUGGGAACUCCAGCCAAGGGAUGGGAAUGAUAGGCACGAAAGGCACUGACAUAUUCAGCUUCGAUCAGUAUCCAAAAGAGUACAAGGAACAGAAGGUAGGAGCUACGGAAGGUGCCUUCAAACCGACUCGAAUUUGGGAGAGCGAUUCACAGAAUUUAGAGACAGGAGAGGACAAGGUUAAAGAAUCGAAAGCUAAAGCCAGGGAGUCAGAUGCCGCUGGUGAUCCAAUCACAGUCUAUCCCCGAAUGGAGAUUGCAGCAAAGGCAAAGAAAACAAAGUCUGAACCGCCACCAGUGGAGGUGGAAAGUGUAACCACAGAUGACUUGGCCAAACAGGUCUUCGACAUGGCCAAAGAUGCCGCCUCAAUGCUCAACGAAGCGACCAUCUCCGUGGAGGAGGCACAGAAGUUGAAGACCAAUCGCAUUGAGACACUGGAGGCCGCCUAUCUAUCCGCCCACAAGCAGGCAAAUCGGGCCCUGGCCGAGGCUUUCAAGGCCGUUGAAGCGGCCAAGAAGUUGGCCAAGAGAUCUCGCAGCUCAAGCGAAUCGCAGUUCCGGGAUCACGAUGCCCAGGCAAUGGCCGAGAAGCAUGCACUGCUGGCCAAGAUGUUGGUCAAUCGUGCGGUGGCCCUUAAGAAGGAAAUUGCCAAGGUUCUCGAGAAACUCGAGCAAAAAGAGUAAUCCAGUCAACAGUUUUUCCCACAAUUUAAGCAAUUCUUUCUGUUCUUUUUUCGAUGUUUAGUUUCCAUUAAAUUUUCUGCAGCAUU